UGCACGAAAAUUUUGUGAAAGUGUAUUUGGAGCCGUUAAUUGCAUAUUUAGCAAAACAAUUGUUAUUUAUUGACGAUAUUUGUGAUAUUAUAUAUGCAUAUUAGGAUAUUAAAUUCGCCAAUAUCAAAAAAACACUAGAUUGGCUUGCGUAUAUUUUAAAUUUCUAAAACAGAUCUCCAGCGUCUGCAUUAAAUUCAAAAGCGGAGAGAGCGAACCUAUAAUAAAUAAAUAUAUAAUAAAUCCCUUUCAACAUCAGUAUUAAGAUAUCAAUUUGUUUCUUGGAACUGAUAUGGAAGGAAAUAUAAAUACAACAAAUGAUACUUUUGCAACAGAGACAAAGUCAACAAAGAGAAAUAGCUCAAAAGCUAUUUAGAGCGUUUCAUAGACGAUUGUGACUACGUGAUUUAACCACAAAAUUUUAUAAAUAUUUGAGAGUGCAAGAGUAACCCACAAAUCGCAGCAGCAACGGAAGCGUUAUCAGCUGGCACACGAGUUAGGGGGUUAAAGUGAAAAUUGUUCGGUCACCGACUCGAAGGGGCAGGUGCAUAGUAGAGUUUUGAUUUACCCCUCUCGUCGCGUUUAACCCAUAUGCUGUAUCCAAUAGCCAAAUAUUCAAGCUAAUGUAAACAAAUAUUCCGCUAAACAGAUUUAUAUUACAACAAUUACUUUUAAAAGUGUAAUAGUUACAAAUAAGAUAAAAGUGGCAAAACAGCUGCAAAAUCACUUAAAAUAGUUCAGCACAUUUAUAUACAAUUGCGAUGACAACGGGAAAGAGCAGCUGCAAUCGAAGUGCAAGAUAAAGAAGAAAUAGUGCAAAGUGUAAAUCAAAAGACAUAUCCACUGCUGAAAGUAAGGCCCCUGUCAAGGUUAAAUUGAAGGCAUAUACUCUUUGGAGGUCAAAGAAGAAUAGUAUUUCAGGUUUUAACAAGUGUAUAAGAUGUAAAGUUGAAAACCUUACUUAAACGAUCAAAAAAAAAAAAAAAAGAAUCGAAAGUUGAAAUUGUUGAAGUUUAAUUAUUAAAAAAUGGAAAAAUUUCCACAGUGUGCCAUUUGCGGUACAACGCAGCAAUUGUUGCGUUGCGCCAAAUGUAAAUCGAUUUUUUACUGUUCUACUGCACAUCAGCAUAUGGACUGGCCCAUGCAUAAACAGUCUUGCCGUAUGUUAGCCAAACAAAGGAAUGAAAAUCGCAUUCAACAUCUGCAACAGGCUGUUGCUGCCACAACACUAAGCAAUACAAUUGCGCCAUCAAUGCCCACAACAAGCAACGAUGUUGAUGCUGGUCACCAUCGUUGGACAACAUCCACGAAUGAUAUGGCUAUUAUAGGCUUUGGACUACUAGGCGGUAACGAAAGUGCUGAAGUUGAUCCUAGCAUACUAACUGCAGUACCACCCAUGGCUGUGAUGAUGGGUAACAAUGACAAUGGCGUUGCAUACAACCAGACAAAUGGAUUGGCUAACGAGGCAAAUCCCAACCAAAUAUCAGAUACAGGUGGCACAGUGACCGGUGCUGGUAUUAUGCAAAACAAUACGUCAUUAUGCAUGCAACCGCAAUAUCACCAUGUAGAUCAACGCUUGCUAUCGCCGCAAUAUCAUCAACAACAACAGCAAUUAAUGCACCAACAAUUGCAGUGUCAACAGAUAUCGCCAUCGCAUGCACCAUACACAGCAAACCUUACCAACCAUAACACACAUCAUCAUUAUGAGAAAAGCAUCAGCUGUCAAGUUGGAAGCGGAGGUGGCGUGGACGAAAACGCUUUUGGAAAUGCAAACGAGCGCCGCUAUGACGAAUUAUGUCGAAAUAUUAUCAGCGACAUGAAUCAGUACGGUUUGUCGGUGGUCGAUGAUUUUCUAGGCGUCGAGAAGGGCCUGCAGAUUCUCAAUGAAGUGCAUCGCAUGUAUUCAGCUGGUGUCUUCAAAGACGGCCAACUGGUAAAUAAUUUGCGAGAAGAAGAGCUGCGCACAAUACGCGGCGAUAAGAUAACGUGGGUUAAGGGCGUAGAACCAGGCUGUGCAAAUGUUGGCUAUUUGAUAAAUCAGAUUGACGCGGUCAUUUGUCGGGCAAACACAAUGAAGAACAAUGGUCAAAUGGGCAACUAUAACAUUAAAGAGAGAACAAAGGCUAUGGUGGCUUGCUACCCGGGUUCCGGCUCGCAUUAUGUGGUGCAUGUCGAUAAUCCGAACAAAGACGGUCGUGUUAUAACGGCCAUUUACUAUUUGAAUGUCAAUUGGGAUACGGACCGCAGUGGUGGCAUUUUACGAAUUUUCCCAGAGCACGGUAAUUCAGUUGCUGACAUCGAGCCGAAAUUCGAUCGUCUGAUCUUUUUCUGGUCCGAUCGUCGGAAUCCCCACGAAGUGCAACCCUCACAUCGCACCCGCUACGCCAUCACUGUGUGGUAUUUCGACGCGAACGAACGCGAAGCGGCGCUGAAUCGUAUUAAAAACAACAAAAAUAAUGCCAAAUCAACAACAAAUACAACAGCGAGGGCGUCGGCGCCUACGAAUAUGCACGACAACUCGAGUACAACGCAUACAAAUCCGCAAUUGAACACCAGCAAUGCGUCGGCGCCGACAAUAGCAACAACAGCAGCAGCACCACCAACAACGGCAACAGCAACAACAACGCCAACAAUGCCAACACCCGCAAAUACCAAAAUGGUUGCGAAUUCGAAUGCGACCAUAAACAACAGUAAAUGUGCGAGUAUAAACAAUGCGACGGGGAAUAUCGGCGAGCACCACCACACGAACAGCAACAGUGCGGUGCUUGCGAAUUCGAGUGAAAUUUGCACGUAACACCGCAACCAGCUGUUGUUGUUGUUGUUGUAAAGAGAGAAAAAGCUGCUCUGUGUGCUGUAGCGCGCGUGUUUCUUGCGUUUGUGUUUUUUGUUUUGGUUUUAUAAGUUUUUGUGAUUUUUGAUGAUUUUAUUUUAAUUGUGUGCGGAAGUGCUAUAAAUGCGUAGGAGCAUAGGAAAAGAACAAUAACAAAUUGGAAAUGCAUAAAAUAUUAUCCUAAACUAUGAAAAUUGUAUGUAUGCUAGAAGUAUUAUAUUUACGAAUGUAAUGUAAAUAUAUAUGUAAUUCACUAGAACUAAACUCUUCGGCUUCAUAGCUUAGGUAAAAAGAAAGCUUAAUGAAAUAUUUGUAUUACAUAUGUGUACUAUGUAUUAUAUACCCAUUUGUACGAACAUACAUAUAUAUGUAUGUAUGUAAUGCAUGCAAACAUUUGCGCCUAUACCUGAAAUGUGAUAAAAGCGAAGAAACAAUGUGGGAACGCAUUCUAGAGGUGUGAAACGCUGUAAAGCCGCUAACUUAGUCUAAGUAUUGCGCGUUUAUGAAAUUUCUAUACAAAAUACAGUUGUAUGCAUGCAUAUACUUACAUAUGUAUAUGUACAAAUAUUAGGGUGUCCAUUAUUUGACUUUUUUGUGCUUUGUAAAUGAUUUCUAAAGUUUCAGCUUUUGCCCCAAAUGAAGUACAUUUGCAUAUAAUGUACUGUAUUCAUAUAGUGCACCAUGUCGUAUGAGCAACACUCUAUGAACGCUAAACAUUUUUAAAUGUUGUAGAUAUACUUGCUUAAUGCAACAUAUCAAAAAAUCGUACGGAAAAUAGAAUUUAUGUCAGGUUUAAAUUGGAAAUAAAGAGCUUGCUUCCGACAAAAACUGAUACCCCUACUACGAAUUUCAACUCCACUCGAUUGAAUUGAAGUUCAAAUCAACCCAACUCUUUUUUUGGGAUAUUCAACUAUUUUCAGUUGAAGUUUGAUUGCUGUUGCCAACCUAAAAAAUAAAGAUUUUACAUAAUGUAUAAUUAAACAACUGAAAAUAUUUAAACGCAAAAACAAUUUAAUUUAAUUAUUCCUCAUGAAAAGGGGAAUAAUUGUUAAAAUGGACAUUAGUGUUGAUUACCGGUAGAUAUCAAGAAUGCAUUUUAAAUGAUUUCAGCUUUGAGUUGAAGCAACCUGCUAUGGUUGUUGCCAAACCUGCUUUUAAAUAUUAUAAACUCUAUAUUUAUGCGCUAUGUAUAAAACAUCAAUGAAGAAAAGGAGAAAAAUGCUUUAACAAUUUAAUUUUACUCAAAAAGUGUAUCCCAAGAAGUAGUAGGUUAUAUCGAAGCUUUAUCUUUGAAACACUUCCAUUAAUUUUCUUUUAAUCUAACCAAAUUGUAGAUUGUCUCGUUCAGUUUAAUACCGAAUUUGAAAACUUCAACCAAAAUGCAGUCGGGUUGAAAUGAAAACCGUAAUAGGGGCCUGAAACUUUAUGGGGCAUUGUAAAAAAAAAAAAUUAACUUGAGCAAUAACGGACAUCCUAAUAUAUAUUUAUGUGCGUAUUUUGUGCUCGUCAUACGAAUGUAUGUAUGUGUGUAUGUACAUGAAUGCACUUGCAAAUAAUACAGUAUGAAAAACUUAUCAAAGCUUUAAACAGAUUUGCUAUGAAAAGUCACUUAGCAAGCCAAAAUAAGGGCAAAAAAUUGUAAUUACCAAUAAUGAGUUGUUUAGAAUUUUAUUUUAGGCGCUAAACGGAAGCUUAUUGCUAUGUAUAUACAUAUAACUGGUAUAUAUAACUGGUGAAUAUAACUGACUUUGCUAAUUAUUUAAGCUAACAAUUUUGUGCUGAUAAUACCAGUUGACAUAUUCGCUUAGUUAAAGUCUAAUUUAUUCGGUAGUAUUUCAAAGUGAUGAUGGAAAUGAUUGCAAUUCACACAAACACACAUGCAUUAUUAAUGUGUACGUGCACAAUGGCAUGCAAGCAAAAGUCAAAUAGCAGCUGGCAAGCAAAUAUUAGCAACAACAACAAGGCGUAAUGCAAUAAGCUAAAUGAAUAAUUAAAUAUAAAUAACAUGCAUACAUAUAUACAUACAUACAUACAUAUAUACUCAUUGAGCACGCAUAAAUAUUUGUUCGUUUGCGAGUGCGUGUGUGUGUGUGUGCUAAUGGAACUAGUAUAUGCUUUAUAAGAAAUGAAGAAGAUAAUGCAGACUUUUUUGUAAUAUACUAAAAAAAAUUUGUAUCAUUAAUAUUCAUAAAACACAUAAAUAUAUAUAUGUACAUAUAUAUAGAAAUAUUUCUACUUGCAUAAAACAAUUCGACUACUAAACUUAGUUACCUUGUAUUAUAUAUAAUUUAGUAUGUUGUUACACAUACAUACAUACAUACGUACAUAAAUAAAA